UUGAAGCCGGUGUUAAGGCGGCUGUCUGAGGGCAGAGCGGAGCUGCUCCACCUCCGCUCGGCGUCGGACGGCAGCGGCAUGGCGCUCCGGGGAGCCUGCCUGCUCCUCUGCCUCCUCUCCCUCGCCCAGGUCUCCGGCCAGCAAAACGCCAAAGCCCGGCAAAAGCCGGUGCCUUCCAAGAAAGAUGGUGUGAGCCUCAAAAUGAUUGAAGACCUGAAGGCCAUGAUUGACAACAUCUCUCAGGAGGUUGCUCUACUGAAGGAAAAGCAAGCACUCCAGACAGUUUGCCUGAAAGGCACCAAAAUUCACCUAAAAUGCUUUCUUGCAUUUUUGGAGACCAAGACGUACCAUGAGGCCAGCGAAAACUGCAUCUCGCAGGGCGGCACGCUCAGCACCCCCCAGAGCGGGGAGGAGAACGAUGCCCUCUACGACUACAUGCGCAAGAGCAUUGGCUCCGAGGCAGAGAUCUGGCUGGGCCUCAACGACAUGGCGGCGGAGGGCAAGUGGGUCGACAUGACAGGUGGCCCCGUCCGCUAUAAAAACUGGGAGACUGAAAUCACCACCCAGCCCGACGGCGGCAAGCUGGAAAACUGCGCAGCCUUGUCGGGAGCCGCCGUCGGGAAGUGGGUCGACAAGAGGGUCAAGGAGUUGAAGUCUUAA